CUUGGCCAACCAAUGCUCUAAUAACCCCGACCUUUAUCCCCCCCUAACAUCUUUUUGCACCUUUUCAUUCCAAACUGGUUUCUGGAGAGAUUUCAUCCUGGCCGGCACUAUUCCAGCCAAGGGGGAGGAGGACUUCCUCACACUGGCAGCUUCUCGGCUCAGUCGCAGGAAACGCGUGAUUGUAGCCGCUGUUGGCGUGGCCAUGGUUCUGAUACUGUUGGUGGCUAUUCCUCUGCUUGUUCACACAACCAAAGGUGGCAGUGCUGGGGCUACAGGGAGCCGAUAUGAAAUGCUUGGAAGCUGCAGGAUGGUGUGUGAUCCGUACGCUACCUCUCAGCCUGGUCAGGAGCUCAUAGCUGUUUCUCCACCCCCACAGGAAUACUCUGGAAAGAAGAUUAGGUCUGGACUUCGAGGACCUCCUGGGAAUCCGGGUCCUCCCGGGGAGCGCGGACCCCCGGGGGAGCCGGGGAAACCGGGGCCACAGGGACCCCCUGGUCCUGGUCCUGGGGGGUAUUCUCCCUCAAUCUACACCCCUAAAAUCGCCUUUUACGCAGGGCUACGCAAGCAGCACGAGGGCAGUGAAAUACUAAAGUUUGAUGAUGUGGUGACCAAUGUGGGCAACUACUAUGAGCCCAGCACCGGCAAGUUCACCUGCCCUCUGCCUGGCAUCUAUUUUUUCACCUACCAUGUACUAAUGAGAGGUGGUGAUGGGACUAGCAUGUGGGCAGACCUGAAGAAGAAUGGACUGGUAAGAGCAAGCGCCAUCGCUCAAGACGCGGACCAGAAUUACGACUACGCCUCAAACAGUGUGAUCCUGCAUCUGGACGUCGGGGAUGAGAUUUGCGUGCAGCUGGACGGAGGGAAAGUUCACGGAGGAAACCAGAACAAGUACAGCACCUUCUCUGGCUUCCUUAUCUACCCAGACUGAAGCUAAAUUUACAUUCAGAGGAAGAGAAAAAAAAAACAGAACCAUAGAAGAGGUUGACAAGGACAUGUACAGUAUGGAUGCAAAUAAAUGCACAUACAACAAUAACCACACACAUGCAUGUAAGCCAGCACACAUGCACACACCUACAUUGACGUGUUGUGAGAUUACAAUGGAUUGCAACGCGGCAAAUCUGAUAGAGUGACAAUUAAAUCCAGUGGUGAGAUACUGAGCCAAUGAUAAUCAGCAACAGCAUUUAUUGGAACACUUUUUGUGCAAAUAUAGAUAUCAGGAUAUACAGGACAACUUAAAAUAACUAUUUAACACCGAGGCUCAGAAAUAUCUAAAGUAUUUUAAUGUAAUCUAUAUUAACGUACAUGGUGAGAAUGAUGAUACAAUAAACACCAUAAGUUGGAUAGUUGAAAUGCAAUAAUGGUGUUGAUAAAAUGAAACUUUGAGGUGAAUGCAUAUUUAAUAAUCUCUGAUUUCAAUAAUUUCUGUUUUUAUGGUCGGCAUCUGCUUCGGAGCAUAUCACAGCAAAGCCUACCCAGAAUGACUUACACUUCUGUUGUAAUAAAUUAGAUCCUUUUGAGAUUGGAUCUGAGAUGAGACAAAACUGAUAGAAAAAUGUUGUCAUAAUCAUACAUGUAACAACAAACAGUGCCCUUCACAUUUGCCUCCACUGCUGGUAAAGAUGUACAAAACAGUGAAAACACUUCAAAAAUAAAUUCCUUUGUACUGCAGAAGCAAUACAUUCAUACUGAAAUUGUUUUGAAAAAAUCUAACCAUCAAUUUGAUUAAAUUUAUUUAGUGGGGGAAAAAAAUCCUUCUUCAUUUGAAAAUCACUAGAGCUACAAUUUCUAUAAAUUAAAUGUUUAUGAAAUAUUUAUUUAAUGUGUAUUUUACAUUUAAAUUUCUCAAGGUGCAAAGGAUCUUCAAUUGGUAAUCCAUAAACAUUCUUGUUUCCCCAAGUAUAUAACCAUAACUCAUUGCAUACCUUUUUCUCUUAGGGAUUCUUCCAAGCAGGAAAGAAAAGAAAACAUCUUCAUAAAUCUGAAAAUUCAAGAAAUGGCUUCUACUCAGUUGCCAAAAUAAUUAACGGUUUAAGACAACUGAGACUGGAACAAAUAAGGCUCUCUGAAAUUAUGCUUUUGCAAUAAAGUAAAAUAUAGUAACAUUUUAUAUCAUUUAAAUCAUGUAUUUGCAUACAGCAGUGUGUUAAAAGACACAUAGCUCUAUUUUCCCUAGUGUCUAAAUCAGACUAUGCUAUUCGUGUUUUAGGUCAGUUAGGAUUACCACAAUAAUGUCUAUUUAAUGAAUGUCAUAAUGAUUAGAGAAAUGAUUUUCAGAGGAUUCAUUAUCACUUCCUUCUAUUUCAGAAGUUUAUAGUAAAAUUACUAUGCAUUUAAACAUUUUGAGAAAGCUGAAAAGGCUAUUGCUCCGAAAGCAUCAACAAGGCUAAUUGGAAACCUCUAGUUGAAAUGCAAGCAAACCUAUGGAUUUAUUUUUGAAACACUACCUCUGUGACAUAUAGGGGAAAAAAAUCAAAACAUAUCUCCCAAGAUAUUUGGAAAAUAUUUACGUACCUCCACAGGUGAGUUAUACGCAUGUAUAAACAGUGUGCAAAUAUCGAGUCAAGAUACAGUUAAAAAAGGAGACGGAUUAUGUGUAAAAUGAGCCUGUUACUCAUAAAGGCAGAAAAGAAGAAGUCAUAAAUCCAAAAUCAAUGUAAACAGUUAUUAGAUUUCUGUUUGUCUACAUAUUGGGUCAAAGAGCUCAAUAUUUUUAGACCUGUGUCAUGUGGUCUGAUGAAAUAAAAACAAAUAUUGUAUUAUGCUUCUGGCAAUACUUUGGACAAAAAUUUUGUUCAAAAAGAGAACAUCAUAUGGGGGUUUAGCAUCAUAUUGUGUUUUAUGACAGGAGGAACUCAAUAUAAAAUUAAUACAAUAUUAGGUAAAAAAAAUAUUGAAACAGUGUCUCAAGACAUUUAAGUCUGAAUCCAAACAGGUAUCUUAAAAUGUACUAUUUCGUCCAUCGCGAAGCAUUUAUCUUAGACACACAGAAGAUUUGUGUACAAAGCUGAAAAGGUGUUAGAGGGCCUUCAAACCAGACUCGGCUCUGCCAGGAUGAAAGUGCCAAACUUCUGAAUUUCAAGAAAGUGAAAAAAGAUCUUAACUGUACUUGGGUUUUUAUCAAGUCAAUAUAAAUGUGUUAAUCCUAUCUGAGCUAAAACAUGAUUUUUUUUUUUUUUUUUUUGCUAUAACUACAUCUUUAUCAGGAGUGUCAAAAACUUUAGAGUAGCACCAAAAAGGAAAACCCCAAGAACAUAUCAUGUAUUGUGUAAAUAUCUUUUUUUUUUAUUCUUUGCUGAGUACAUUAUGUGAGUGAGAGUAUUUGUAUGAGUGAAUAAAAGUCACAUGUGCAGUGUUUUAAAUAGUGUAUCAGGCAUUACAGAUAUUUGCAAUGACUGUUUUACUUUCAUUACAUGUAAACACACCAACUUUGGGAUGGGCAGUCUGGAUUUAGAAGGUUGAGUGACCAAUUGCUAUUAAACCACCAGUACCAACUCUACCUGUUUCUGCGUGCUGUUUUUAACCUGGCAAAGAUCAGCAUAGAACACCGACAUGCACAUUCAACAUGGCCACACAACCCUCCAGUCCUCAAGCUCAGUUUUAUUUGAGGCGACCAUUUGGACUCACUAGUGUCGAUCGGGACAGUUGUAUGAACCGAGGGCAAAGAUCGAAGCUGACUACGGCCUCUGGCUGCUGCAAAAUGGAUUUUCAAUACGUCUCAGGAUACAAUCUAAGACCCAAACAUCAGCACAGCUUUAUAGGCCUCAGCCUGUCGUGCAUCCCGGAUCAACAAAGUCCAGACCAUUGAUACUUUUUAAAGGUAACACUACAUAGAGAUCAAUUUUACAAACAAAUUGGUUCAGUGUUCGAUAAGCCUGGAAAUUUAUUACAAUUACUGUAAAAAAGAAAGAAAGAAAAAGACACAGGAGGAAUAAAACCAUGGAGUGGGUUAUAUUUUGUCAGGUUUGUUCAUUGACAAUUUUGUAUUUAAUUUAUAAAUGUUGUGUGUGUUCGUCUCACUCUCUUUUGUACACAAGCACAAAAUAUCUUCUUCAGCAUCUUCACUGUGUGACUAAGCCCUCCAUACAUUGAAAAAAAUCAUAAAUAAGUAAUGCAGAAAAAAAACCGGAUGUAUUUGCAACUAUUACAGUGACAUUUUUAACUGCCUCAAAAAAUAAGAAGUAUCUUUAAAAUAUUCAAGUUGACAUUAUUUUCUAUUUGGUUGUUAACCUGCCAGCUAAGCUUUUUGCCAGCUUUUUUUUAUUUUUAAAUUAACUAAUUUAUUGUAGCCAAGCGAGUUUUUGAUUGGCAAGUUUGGUUAUGAUUGUAAUAAAAGAAAAACAAUACAAAAAAGUUCAAAGAAAGUAUGACUUUUUUUAAAGUCAUAUUUAGUUCAAUUAGUCCACACUUUUAACAGGGAAAAGAAACAUCAGAUAAUUCUGAGUAAUACAUCAUUCAGUAACAUUUACGUUUGUAAAGUCUUGCACCGAUUCCUUGUAGUGCUGAAAUAAAUUCCUUUACAUUUUUAAAACAGUUUAAACAAUGCGAUGAAAUUUAAAUCACACCUGUCAUCAAAUAACUGAGUCAAAUCCACAACGCCUCACAGAUUCGUCUGUGUGUUUAUAGAGAAAUGAACCCACAUCAUCCGCUUAAAAUCAGGCAGAAUGCUCAAGUAUUUAUAUAUAUAAAGGAAUUUCAUAAAAAAAAAAAAAUCUAAUUAGAGUAGAAUUGGUGUCAUUCCUGAAGUGAAGGAUUUGGGAGAAUCUGUUGUUUCUGAGCGGGAAAGAAAAAAAAACAAAACAAAAAAGAAAAACGAAGAAGGAUGAAGGCACACCAAGCCUGGGCCCAGCCCACGGCUUUCUCUCCUGGCAGAUUCCAGUUGAAAGUUAAUUGGACGGGGAGAGGUCUGAGACGGGCUGCGCCGAGGCCCAUUAGUGAUUCCCCUGUCGAAUGCAGAGCCACGAGGAUCACAGACUCACAAAUAGGAGGAUUAAAAUAAUCAAUAGCCUUGACUUCUAUCGACCACACACACACACACACACACACAGUAAUUAGUAGAGAACCUAUUCAGUGGUGGACUAUGACACCCUCCCAAACCUUAAGCACCCCACAACCUCACACACAAUCUCCACUGUUUGACAGCGGUGGUGCCUAAUGAGGGAAAAUAGUUGUGACUGCUUGAGAAGAAAAUGCAGGAAAAGGUCAUGAAACCACUGAACAACCUUUUACUGCUUAUGUUAGCACCUUUGUAUCCAAGAAAAUAAAAUUAUGAAAAAAAAAAUCAAAUCCUGUAACGUAACUUUGCUUAUGUUUUAGCAUUCAUUGCAAACAAUAGACUAGAAAUGGGGAGCCAACAAUCGCUACACACAGUCUUACAUUUAGCUCAACACAGACCUGAUCACAACUGUAUAUAAACAGUGUAGUAUGUUAUGGUUCUUGCUUUAACACUGAGACUAAAUCAAAGUAACAACACUGCCCUCUUGUGUGACAUGAGAAAACUGCAAAAAAAAAACAGACAUUUCUGUCCAAGAUAUUUUACACACAACUGCUUCACAUACUCUCACCGGCCACUUAACAAAUUCACCUUGCUAGGACUGACUUAGAUCCUCCUUAACUUGCAGAAUUACAUGAGCUCUCACACACAGUGAGAAUUCAUACAAUAUGUGAUAAAUAUUCAGAGCUUUUUCCUCCAUACCGUACAUUACACAUCUGUUAAAUUGAAGUUUCGACCAUUUGGUCAGUGUAUUUAAGUAUAUUCAGCCAACCUGAACAUACAAAAAUAAAUAAAAUCCACUUAGACACAAAAGCAUUUCAGGAAAACACAUUUAUUUAAAUGCAGCAACAAAUUUUGGGCCAAAUUUAUAACAUGGGGAAUGCUUUGAAAUGUUUCCAACUACAGCCUUUGAUAUUUUUAUGAAUCAAUCUGGGACAUUUAAUCCAAAGCAAGUCAUAGAAAUAUGUAUAUACGAUAUAUAUUAUUGUCUUGCCCAAUUUUAGUUACAUCAUUACAGCUUAUGGUGCAUUUCGAAAUGUUACAAACUAUGCAAGCACAAAUAAUCCUCAAUGAAUACAAGGUUUAUACAUGUGAACAGAUCUAAAAAUGGUGCUUUAUGGUCUUUUCUAGGGAAUGUAAAGGCACUUCUUAAAUUAAAACUGUAAAAUAAACUCAUGUAAAAGGUUGGGGUGAGCUGGCAAAGCUAAAUGGAAAUAUAUAGGAAUGUGAUUCUGCGAAAAUGAAAAAAAAAA